AUGUAGCAGUAAGGAUGCCGGCUGCCGUAAACCGACAAAGAAGAAGAAAUCAUUGCUAGAAGUCGGAUUACACCUCAUUAGAUUUGUGACCUUAAUUUGACAGCUACAAGCUUCCUAUGAAAUUAAGAGUUCACUGAUACUCUGUUCAACAUGUCUCAAGCCUCGUCGGGUUUCACGGACUCUGCUAGUGAAGGAAAUGUGGUCCAGGUAACAAAAAUCGUCCACCAGUAGGUAUGGACUACGUUGCGACAGAAGAGGAAAAGAGAGUCUUUAGAGAAUGUAACCAAGAGAGCUUCUGGUACAGAUCUGUCCCAAUAUCAGUGAUAAGCAUGGCUGUCACUCAAGCACUCAUCACUAGAGGAAUACUCACAUCAUCCUCAAGGUUUGGAUCCUUGCCCAAAGUAGCAUUUGCUGGUGCAUGUGGAUACUUAGCGGGUAAGAUAUCCUACAUGAAGACAUGUCAGGAGAAGUUUAAAAAUCUUCCGAAUUCCCCUCUCGGAGAUGCUCUUAGACAAAGACAGCGUCAUGUUCCAUUGCAGUUCCCUCAGGACCAGUCUGAGCUUGUAGAUUCCAAUAAAUCUGUAUUUGAGUUCCAAUCACCUGACCAGAAAGAACGGCCGCUCUCGUCCCAGAGUGAUUUUAGUUACAGUCAACCAGCGUACAGUGGAGCCAUGGGUGAUAGUGUUACCCCAGAAACCUCUUCUGUGGAUGAGGAGCAGCCCAAGAGACAGCAGGGCCUCCGUUAUGAGGAGCUGCGCAACCAGAACCGUGAGAACUAUGAGACUACAUUGACUCAGAAGUCCGAGACCCUCCUCAAGCCCCCCUCAAAGAGUCCCACCUUGAAUAAGGAAGGUAAGAAAAACCUGUAUGGAGAUGUUUGGGAUGAGUAACCAUCUGCCUGUCCCCAGUGUGUCCAACAGAUACCCUCUCUGUAAUGGCAUUUUCUCCACUGUCUUAUUCAUAUUUAUGCCAAAUAUAUAAAGUUAUGCAAACAAGUCAA